GCUUCAACUACCAACCGCGUUGAACAUCGCUCCUGAUCGGAAAGAAAAAGUGUUUCCACUAAUACAGUUUUGAAGAAUUCGUCAUUAGCAUGCAACAAAUUUCAUCGGUACACAUUUCCCGUGUGAAAUUUCUUUGAGUACUUCAUUCGAAUUUUAAUCGUAAUCAUAACUCACACGAUUAAUGUGAACAACUAACAGUCAUAAUGGGUGUGAAAAAUGAAGCGGACUCAGAGAAGCUGAAGUAUCCCAAGUCGGUAUUUUUCAUCAUUAGUAAUGAAUUCUGCGAGAGGUUCUCCUACUAUGGGAUGCGUACUGUCCUGACGCUUUAUCUAAGGAAUCAAUUAUUAUACAGCUUAGAUAUGGCUACUGUCAUAUACCAUACAUUCACGAUGUUCGUGUACUUUUUUCCUUUAAUUGGAGCGAUAUUGGCUGAUUCCUUUUUGGGAAAAUUCCGCACCAUCUUCUACCUAAGUAUUGUAUACGCCAUAGGACAACUUCUGUUAGCCUUAAGUGCGGCGCCUCCAUUGGGAAUACCAGCCAGAGAAUUUUCAUUGGUUGGUCUAUUCCUUAUAGCCAUUGGCACAGGUGGUAUAAAACCUUGCGUGACUGCAUUUGGCGGUGACCAAUUCAUCUUGCCGCAACAGGAACGAUACUUGUCCACAUUCUUCUCCUUGUUUUACUUUUCCAUCAACUCUGGAUCACUGAUCUCGAGCUUCCUCACUCCCGUGCUUCGUUCCGAUGUCGAGUGCUUCGGGCAAAGCAGCUGUUAUUCUUUGGCAUUCGUCAUACCUGCCAUUCUUAUGGCUUUAUCUAUCGUGAUAUUCGUCCUUGGGAAACCCUUGUACAAGAUAGCCAAGCCUACAGGAAAUGUCGUGUUAAAUGUUUCUAAAUGCAUCUGCCAUGCUAUUUACAAGAAGAUAACGACGAAGAAUGAGAAAAGGGAGUAUUGGCUCGAGUAUGCAGACGAUAAGUAUGAUAAAUCAUUGAUAAACGACAUUAGGGGAGCUCUACAGGUGAUGAUACUAUUUCUUCCGAUACCGAUCUUUUGGGCACUUUUCGAUCAGCAAGGCUCUCGAUGGACGAUUCAAGCAACCAAAAUGGAUGGCCAAAUUGGAAGUUUUCUGCUUCAACCAGAUCAGAUGCAAGUGCUUAAUCCUUUAUUGGUGCUUGCUUUUAUACCUCUGUUCGAGACUUGUCUUUACCCUCUUAUGGGGAAGAUUGGUCUUCGAACCCCAUUAAGAGUAUUCACUAUCGGUGGAUUUUUAGCCUCUUUCUCGUUCGUGGCAGCGGCUCUCGUUGAAUUAAAUCUCGAGAAAACAUAUCCGGUUUUACCGUCGAAUGGCUUCACACAAUUACGCAUUUUCAAUACUAUGGAUUGUCCUGUACAAAUACAAUUAGAUGAGAAACCGGCUUUCGUUAUCAACAAUUUGGAUAUGUGGGUAGACCAGUAUAUCAAAACAAAUGGUACAUUAGAAUUAAAUUAUUCAGCAAACUUUACGAAAUGCAAAAAUGCCGGUAUCAUGAAUAUACCAGAAACUGAUAACGGAACUAUCACUCUAUCGGAAGGCAUUGCAAUUUCUUCUGCCAUUGUACCGAACGGUAUCAUUGUUCAAUAUAAUGAUUCGGUAGAUAAAUCAUUAACAGGUGAUCCUUUAUUACGGAAUCUUAUAUCUGUACAAUGGUCGGAGAUACCCAUUUCUUUGAAAUUGGUGAAGGAUGAUAAAGUUGCCCUUGAUCUCAAAAUAAAUAGUAGUAUCGAAUUUAAUCCACUAGCUACAGUUAAGCCCAACGAUUACGAUAUUUUGUUAAAUAAUGCAUUAAUAAAAAAAAAUGUACCUUUUAAACUCGGUGGAGUAUAUACAAUAGUUGGAUCUAUUAUUGAAGAUAAGGAAGCUGUUAACGUCAUAACUGUAACUGAACCAAAUUCGAUGCAUAUGUUAUGGUUGCUUCCACAAUAUGUUAUUAUCACGAUGGGUGAAGUAAUGUUCUCCGUGACCGGCUUAGAAUUUGCAUUCACACAAGCACCUAGCAGUAUGAAGUCUCUUUUACAAGCCUCUUGGUUGCUGACAGUCGCUUUUGGUAAUCUCAUCGUAGUUAUAGUUGCGGAAGUAUCGUUCUUUAAUCGGCAGAUCUUCGAAUAUAUUUUGUUUGCGGGAUUGAUGUUCGUCGAUAUAAUAAUUUUCGCUAUAAUGGCGAGAUUUUAUAAAUAUGUAGACACAAGCAUCCCCGAAGAUUAAAGACCUCCGAUAUUACAUAGACGUAAAAAGUGGAGCAGGUGAUAUACUUUAAUAAUAAUUAUUCCUCGUUAUUGUUCUAUUGUAUAA